CCCAGUGACGUGCUUGUUUCAAAGGUUUGUAAGCACAAGUUUUUAUUCUUGGUGCAGUAAUUACAAUCCAGUGUGCUGUCUAUAGUUUUCCACUGACUCUACUAUAUUAUUAUGCUGCAGUUAAAAUGUGCAGUAUAACAUGCAGAUAUUCUCUGGCCAUAAAAGGGUUAAGCAAGAGGCCCUGCCUACCUGUUACGUAUUGUUAGGAAGUCUGCAGCUGAGUUAAUGGGACUGAGAGCAGCCUUCAACUGAGAGGGAAAAACUGCACUUCAAGAACUGGGUGAAGAGCUAAAUCCCAGCAAGACGCAAAGUGUGUGAGAGUCGUGACAGAUAACAGCUUUUAACAACGCAGGGACAAGAAUAGACAACACACAAUAAGAGAGGAAAUAACAUUGCAGGUGAAAAACACUAAAAACCAGAAAACAAAAAGCAAACAAGAUAAGAGACUGAAGGAGUUUUUGCAGCAGAAGCCUGCACAAGUUUAACUUACAGAACAGAAAGAGAAGAGUAAAAGAACACCAUCAUGUCAUACCGUCUGUUUGAGGGAAAGGAUCAUGCAUCCAUCUACCAAAAGUACCGUAUUACACCUCCAGAAGAGCUCAAGAACAUUAUUCUUCAAUACCUAGACACGAAGAAGGGACAGCCACAUGUGCUGGCGGUGGAUCUGGGAUGCGGCACGGGUCAGAAUUCUCGGCUACUGGCGCCGAACUUCCAGGAAGUGGUUGGUAUCGACAUCAGUGAGUGUCAACUGGAGGAGGCCAGAGCUGUGCCAGGGUACUCCAACAUCACAUACAGGAAGGGGACAGCAGAGGAGCUUCCAUUUCCAGAUGGCUCUGUAGACUUGCUGACGGCAGCAUCAGCAGCCCACUGGUUUGACAAGUCACGAUUCUUGGCUGAGGCAAGUCGAGUUUUAAAACCUCGCGGCUGCAUGGCUCUGCUUGGCUUCAGUGACACUAACACCAGGUUCCACUACCAAACCUGUGGAGAAACAAUCGGCCACAUCUAUGAAGAGGUGAAGCAGAAACUGAAGCCAUACACUAGCAGUCCGGUGGGUGUAGCUGAUGGUAAGCUAGAAGAGCUUUACCGUGCCAUUCCUUUCCCAGACAAAGAGAGGAUUGAGUCUAUUCCGGUGAACUGUCCGAUCUCAGUGAGGAACUUUGUGGGUUUCAUGCAGUCCUGGUCCAUGUUUCAAGCUUACAAUAAGAAAGACCCCCAGACUGCUGAAAACCUACUGCUCAGCACACAGAAGAGGUUUCUGGAGGUGAUGGGAGUCACGUCUCCUGACACUGAAUUAGAGUGGCAAAUGGAAUAUUACUGUGUCCUGGCAUCAAAACCAAGAUAAUCAACAAUAUACAGGGAUGUGUGUUUUCAGAGACAGAGAUGUGUGUGUCUGUAUCUCAGAGAUAUUGAAAUAAACAUAUCUGGAUAUACCGUUUUCCAAGCAAUUUUCUUGCAAACUCACUUCAGUCUAACUGGAUAUGUUAUCUGGCAGACUUAUCACCUUUACAACACUGCUGGUGUGUCACUUAAGAGACAUAAGAAAAAAUGUUGAGACCUAUUAACAAUAGAUCUCCUGUUAUACUGUUAUCUUCUGUUAAUAUAUAACAAGAAUUCAUGACAAGAUGACUGGUUACUGGAAACAAAGGAAGCUUGUCAGUCUAACUUUAUAGAUAACCUCUACUGUAAUAUGCCAGUUUUCUUAAACAUAAAGUGUAUUUCAUUUGGCAGUGAAACUACCUAAAAAAACAGUUUCCCAAUAGCACAGCUGAUGUCUUGCUGCCUUGAAGGCACACUGAGAGGUUACAUAACUUGAAUUCUGGUAUGCUUUGGUUUAAAGGAGGAGACAGGUAUUUUUAAGCCAAGCUCUUGAAAAAAAAUGUCAUAGUUGGCGGGCCCAUUUAUUUGUUAUAACUGCUUCACUGGCCAUUCUUUAUUCUCUGCUCUCUCUCUCAGUAGGUAGAAGAUGCUUUGUGCUUUGCUUUGUGCAACAUCAAUGAAGCUGAAGCACCUAAUGUUCAUGGCUCAUAAAGUAACUGAAGGCAAACAAAUCUGUGCGGUAAAAAUGCAUCUUUUCAAUUCCAUUUAAUUUUUAUUUAUAUUCUCACAAUCAUAAAUAACAGCAUAAGUUAUCUCAGGGCACUUUUCACGUAGAGCAGGUCUAGACCGAGCCUUUUAUUUUACAGAGACCCAACAUUCCCCCAUGAGCAAGCAAUUGGUGACGGCAGCAAAGAAAAACUCCCCUUUAACAAGAAGAAACUCUAGGUCUAGCUCUAGGUGGGCGGACUCUGCCUUGACCAGCUGGGUUUCAUAAACAAAUGAGAAAUAAAAUACACAAGUGAUAUUAUACAUUUAUACAUGUUCUGUUUUAUUUUGAUUCAUCGUACAUAUGGAAAUGAAAUGUA